AUUGCAAUCGAUGCGUCUAUGAGCAUAUACCAAUUUUUAAUCGCCGUGCGAACCCAAGGCAACACACUACAGAACGAGAGUGGGGAUACCACAUCCCACCUGAUGGGAAUGUUCUAUCGGACUAUCCGCAUGGUGGAUAACGGGAUCAAACCGGUAUAUGUGUUCGAUGGAAAACCUCCGGAUAUGAAAGGAGGGGAGUUGCUCAAGCGAAAGGAACGACGAGAUUUGACGGAGAAGGAGCUGUCUAAGGCCAGGGAGGAGGGCAAAGAA